AGAAACAGCCGCCAGGAGCUUUGGUUUUCCUGGUGUGUGGACUGAGCUGGAGGACAGUUGUUUUGUCUCAUCUCAGAUCAAUAUUUGAUCAGAUGAAGUAAAGAUGAGUUCAGUCCAGAAUCUGAGAGAGUUGAUCAACCAGCGACUAACUGCUGCUGCUGAAGAAAUAUUCACAGAGUUUGAGAAAACCAUCGUCCAGUACGAGGAGGAGAUCGAUCGUCAGCGCAGACUGCUGGAUAACAUCUGGAAACCACAGAUAACACAAUACACAGCAGAACUCCCACAGCAUGUCUGUAAGGAGAUAGAAGGUUUCACCAACCAGCAGCUCAGUAACCAGGAGAGGAACUCCGGCCUGGAACAGGAGAACCUCGAGCCUCCACAGAUUAAAGAGGAACAGGAGGAACUCUGCACCAGUCAGGAGGGAGAGCAGCUUGUACUGAACCUGGAGACUGAUGGCUUUAUGGUGAUUCCUACUAAGGAAAAAGGUGACCACAGGGAACCAGAAUCAACGGGUUCACUGCUCUUUCACAGCUGUCCUACAGCUCAGAGCCCAUAUCAGGAAGGAGGCUCACGAUGGAACAAGAGACAUCGCAGAAACAGAAGUCACAGUAGCAACGUAGACCACACCACCCCCUCAGAGAGCCACUGUAAUACUGACACAUGGACAAAGCCGGUAACAGAUGAUGUUUGUGGAAACGCCUUCAAGGAAAAUAACCAAAUGCAGAAACCUCUCAGGACUCAGGCAGGUGAAAGGUCAUUUAUCUGCCAAAUAUGUGGGAGGUGUUUUCGACAAAGUUGUAAUUUGAUUGCCCACAUGAGAAUCCACACAGGUGAGAAGCCUUACUCUUGCAAAACGUGUCGAAAAAGGUUCAGACACAGUAACUCUCUGCUGAUCCACAUGAGAACCCACACAGGUGAGAGGCCUUAUUCUUGCACAACAUGUGGAAAAAGGUUCAGUCAGAGCAGUAAUUUGGUGAUUCAUACUAGAACUCACACGGGGGAGAAGCCUUAUUCUUGCAAAAUCUGUGCAAAAAGUUUUAGACAUAGUAAAUCUUUGUUGCUCCACAUGAAAACUCACACAGUUGAGAAGCUGUAGUCCUGAAACAGCAGUGGGAUCCAAGCUUAAGAAGCAUUAAUGUCCAGGUUGAAAGUAGAUCUUUCAGAUUUAAAGGGCUCUUAGUCUGUGCUCCACCAGUGAUCACAGGAGUUUAAUGCAUUUUACACUUGGAGAGAUGUGAAGUUUUAUGUUGUUAUCAAUGUCUGCUACACUUGAGGUAACAGGAUCACUGCUGUUACCUGAUUUAUGAAAUGAAGUUUGAGCACCAAUGUAAUUUUUUAGGUGAAAAUGACACAUUAAGGUCAUAUGUUUGUAAAUCAGUUGCGGUUCUGCUCAUUUUGUUGAAACUAGAUUUAUGUCUGUGGUGGUUCUGAGUCAGUUUUGUAGAUGAAACAGGAAUGUAACAGCAGCUAACUGCUGGUUUAAACCCUGAGCUCACCUGGACAUCAUUUGGAACGUCCAACUCGGAUCGCAGCUCGUCUCUUUGUCUUCUGGGUAAUGCAGCAAAGCUGAGAUCAGAAAGCACCAUUUGUAGAUUCUGCCGUGAUAACUGCUGCUGUUCUUUCAAUAUAAAACCACUUUCCACCAGCAGGAGCAGCCUGAUACAUGCAAUUAAACCAUCUCAUUAACAUGCACAUGUAUUAGAGCUGCACAGUGUUGGACUAAACCGACAGCGUGAUGCUGACAGAACCUGCAGUUGCUCCUCGUUUCUGUAUGGCUGAUGCUGCUUUUCUCUUUGCAACCAAAUGUUCCUUUUCAGUGUUUGUUUUGUUUUCCUCAGUUGUGGAACCUGCAUGUGUGUCAACAAACUGUUUUGUAAAUAAAGUAUUUUUUUAAACUUGAA